UCAGCAGCGAGAGCGAGAAGCGCGGGCAAAGCGACCAGACAGCAUGUGGACGGGGGGCGGGGGGAGCGGAGCAGGCCCGCAAAGGCCGACCGCCCGGGCCGGCGGGGCCCAGAUCCCAGGAGGCAAGCGGGACCCGCGAGGUCCCGGCCGGAUCGGGGGCCUCGCGCACCCCUGCCCGCAGCGACCGCGAUGGGCGAGGCGAGCCGCGUGUGCUCCGGCUACUACAGCCUCAACCACAGCUUCGUGGAGCCCUUCGAGUGCCCCCGGCGCGGCGAGGGGGCCGCCCUGCUCUACUGCUGCGGCUUCGCCGACCUCAAGUACUGCUGCAGCGAGCCGGGCAGCUACUUUCCCUACAAGCACAGCUACAUGUGGAGCCUCAGCAUUGGUGCCCUGAUUGGAUUGGGAAUUGCUGCCCUCGUUUUACUUGCCUUUCUCGUCAGCGUCUGUGUCCUUUGCUAUUUAUUUAUGUAUACAAAGCCUCGAAGAUUAGACACUGGCCUUAAACUUCAACACCUGGAGGCUUCCUCCACUCAAGAAGGCAACUCAAAUAGGAAAACCAAAGCUCCCUAUUCAAAUGCAGCAUCAAAUUCAACAAAUGAAACAUCCUAUGAAGCUGAUGAUUUAAUUCAAGAAAAAAAAAUGGAUGAAACACAAAUCAACAUUGUGUAUUAUUAAAAAUCCUGUGUUGUAAAAGCUCACUGUAGAGAUGCAGCAAUAAAGAGUACACUUCAAAUACAGUUCGUAAUACUUUUCAAAAACUUACCACUUAGAAAGCAGGACACAGCUGCAUUUCUCAUCAUUCAAUUAAUUUAUUAAAAACUAAGAUCUUUGAUAGAGUUUCAUGUGUAUAAGUUUACUUUUAUUUGCUAAUUAGGAUGUUUCUGCAUUACAUGGAAAUUAUGCUAAUACUUCUGGAGACAUAAAAGAAUUUAUCAACACAGAUAAAGAAAUUUAUUAAGAUACAAUGAAAAAUCUGUGUCACAUGACCAGCAUUUCACAAUUUUUUGCUAUUAGAAACAGUUAUUUUCUAAGAGAUGGUACUGGACAGGUAAAUCUCAGGGGGAAUAGUCUUAUAACCUAGAGGUGGCAUGUUAAGACUCUUAGAAGCCUUUUUUAGAGGAUUUCUUGGGCACACAAAGAAUAUAUUGCCUUUAUAAAAGCUAACAUCUAAUAACAAAAUAUAUCACAAUGUAUAAUC